UCGUCGCUUUCCUCGACCGCGCUCGCCGUGCCUCGAGACGCUGUGAGGCUCCUCGAGAUCCUCCGGACCCCCGCAUAUACAAGCACCAGCCGCGACACUCGACCCGCAGCACACUCUCGACUGAGCCGUGUUCGCUGCUGUACUGUGGAGAGCACAGAUUCAUCUGUACAUUGCGCAUCGACGGACUGGGUCCCAAGGGCGUUUCUGCUUGAAAGCCCCUUGCACAGGCUUGCGCUGAGCGACCACACCCUCUUUGGCCGGCACCAACCACCUGCGCGCGCCCACCUCUCCAGCAACCCACAGCUCCUACACGGUCGAGAGACAGCAUCUAUAAUCCAUAAUGGCUCCGACCUCGCGCCCCGAACAUCACAUCAACCUGGCCUAUCUGCCCCAGUUGAGCUCCAACGCCCCGCACUCUGCCUCCUCCAGCGGCGCUGCAUCGCCCGUUGAGCCUCCAUCUGGCGGCCGCUUCCCUCCAAGCACGUCGAACCCAUUGGGCGCGGCUGCAGCAGGCGCACGGCUGGGCUCCGGGUCUCCGUCGCAUGAAUAUGGCGGUAGGCUAUUUUCCAAACGUGCACGCGAGAUCCAAGCACAGGAAGGAUUGACUCCACCAAUGUGGGGGCCUCCUACCAGCGGCAACUCCACGCCAUUGCGUGAGACCAUCCCGGAGUCUCCCAGCGGUGACAGCUUCCCUGACUUCAACCAUGCCAUGCCAGAGACCACGUCAGCCUCCCAGACAUCUACCCGUCGUGCCCGCGCUGGCACUCUGCCUUCACGCUUCUCUCCCUCCGCAGCACCCGGUGGCUUAAUGUCCUUGCCCUCUUCCUCCCUCCUGCCCAAGACCUCGCGCCCUACACCCUCUACUAGCCCCUUCAAGCCCGGCCCAGGCACACCCACGGAGACCAGUGGAGGCUUCGCUGCACCUGGCUCUACCAACGCUGCUGCCAAAUCAGUACUUCUCUCUCGCCUUCGUGCUGGCUCAAUGCCUCAACGCCCUGGAUACCUGCCUCCCUCUGUCUCCCCGUUCGGCAACUCCAUCUUUUCCACUGGCUGGACGAGCAACCGCGAGCGCAGCAGCACGCUUCACAGCAUUGCUUCUCAGCCAUCGAAUGGACCUGGCUCACCUCAGUCACAUUUCUCCCGGGACUCGCUUGCUGAUACCGAUGUCAAGACCCUUGACUACCUCGGCCUUGUAGACACACCUCAGCCAGUGCGCGCUCAAUUGGCUCCCUCUGACAUUGAACUUCUCCUUGAGAGCCAAAGGAAUGCCAAUAGCCAGAACAUGAGCAGUGCCAACCGCUUCCGCUCCUACUCGGUCAACGCCAAGGAGAAGUAUGCUGAAGAUGAGGAUGAGCUCGACCAAUUCGGCAACUACAGUGGUGCUAUGACGCCAGCUGAGGCGAACGCUCUUCUGAUCCACGAAGCUGUUCGCCAACACAACCUUGAGGUUCAAGCUUUUGCCAACUACGCCUCAAGUGCCCGUCCUCGUGCCAGGACUGCUGGCGUUUUGGACGCACCUCAGCAACGGCUGAUGCGGAGCUACAUGCCCACUCGUCUGGGAGCCUCCGACUUGACGGAGGAUGCUGAAUACAGCCUUGCCGAGUCCAUCAAGAACCUUCAUCUGCGUAGUGCACAUGAGUCGAGCGCGAACCUCGGCGACGAUGGCACGCUUGAAGGCCCGACUCGAUCUCUGUGGUUGGGCAACAUUCCUUCGUCCACGACCGUCUCGUCUCUUAACGUCAUCUUUAGCACUUUCGGGUCCAUCGAGUCCACUCGUGUUCUGACACACAAGAACUGCGGUUUCGUCAACUUCGAGAGCCUUGAGAGCGCCGUGCAGGCCAAGUCUCAGCUCAACGGCAAGGAGAUCUUCCCUGGAGCCGGACCCGUGCGCAUUGGCUAUGCUAAGAUCCCAAGUGCGGCUGCUACGCCUGGUCACAACGGCCUUUUCCCUUCGCCGAGCCCAGACCCACACGCCAAAGCUCAGGCGGAAGGCACGACUGGUACUAACAACACCACGAUGGCAAGUACUGCUAGCUUGGCUACUGCAAACGCGCCUCUGACGACUCCCGAGCUGACUGACAUCCGCGGCGACAUUGUCCAGAUCGUGAAAGAUCUGGGUGCAACGGACGAAGACCAGAGCAGGAUCAUCACACAGGUGGAGGCAGCCAUCCAGUACAACAGCUACGUUGACGAGAUUCCUCCUGUUGAGGAGCCUAGCCACACUCGUGUUCACGAUGCACCAAGGCUGCGUGAGAUCCGCAAGCGUAUCGAUAAUGGCUCUUGCUCUACUGAGGAGAUUGAAUCGAUUGCCAUGAACAUGCUUCCUGAAAUCGCCGAACUCUCAUCCGACUACCUUGGAAACACUGUUGUCCAGAAACUGUUCGAGCACUGCUCUGAGCACGUCAAGGAGGCUAUGCUUCGCGAGAUCGCCCCUCACCUGGCCAAGAUCGGUAUCCACAAGAACGGAACGUGGGCUGCGCAGAAGAUCAUCGAUGUCUCCAAGACACUCACGAUGCAGAAGAUGGUUGUGGAAGCUCUCCGACCGUACGCCAUGGCUCUCUUCCUCGACCAGUUUGGCAACUACGUCAUGCAGGGCUGCCUCAAGUACCAACAUCUCAACAACUUUAUCUUCGAGGUGAUGCUUGGCCGUCUCUGGGAUCUUGCCCAGGGUCGCUUUGGAGCUCGCGCUAUGCGUGCCUGUUUGGAGAGCCACUUUGCAAGCAAGGACCAGCAGCGUACAGUUGCCGCUGCGAUCGCCCUUCACAGCGUGCAGCUCGCCACCAACGCUAAUGGCGCGCUGUUAUUGACUUGGUUCCUCGAUACUUGCACUUUCCCUAGGAGGCGUACUGUCUUGGCUCCUCGUCUGGUCCCCCACAUUGUCCACCUCUGCACACACAAGGUUGCUUACCUUACCGUGCUGAAGAUUAUCAAUCAGCGCAACGAACCGGAAGCUCGCGAUAUCAUCCUCCAGGCAUUGUUCUUCUCGCCCAAUGAUCAGGUCUUGGAAGAGAUCUUGUCUGACCAAAACUGCGGUGCUACCCUUAUCUUCAAGGUUCUCACCACUCCUUUCUUUGACGAGAAGAUCCGCGCAGAGGUCGUGCAGAACGUGCGCAACGUCCUUGUUCGCAUCAAGGCUCAGCCCCAGCAGGGCUACAAGCGUCUCAUGGACGAAGUAAGUCUUUCCACGCGAGGUGGACCCGGCCACCGCGACUCGUCUGCCACCCGAUCUGCAUCGAGGGACAGCUCGCAUAUCGAGCCGAGAGGUUUCUAUGGAGCUCCCGCUCCUGGCUUCGACCCAGUUGGCCUACAGCGCACCUCAAGCAUGGACUCUAAUGGCUUUGACCAGUAUGCCAUGGGGCCUGGUGGACCGAUGUACAUGCCCAACAUGCAAGCUAUGAACGGCCAGCAGCAGCUUCAGUACCAGCAGCUGCUUGCUCGUCAGGGCCAGUUCUACCCUCAUAUGAACGGUUUCCAGCCUGGAAUGGACGCUUACCGCAACGCGUCUCCGGUUGCCGCUCCUGGCUUCACUGGCUCGCCAAUGAUGCAGCCUGUCACCCUUGCAGGUCAAGGCAUGCCGCCUGGUAUGGGUGCGCAGAUGUACCCCUAUGGAAUGUACAUGCCUCAACAGCAGCAGCAGCAGCAGCAGCAGCAACAGCAGGCUGCUGGAGGUGGCCAGCGACGUGGUCGGGUAAGCAGAAAUGCGUCCCCAGCGCCUGGCGCUAGACGCUAACCUCUCCUACAGAGAUAGGCUCCUCUCCUCCAGACAGUCUCCUCUUAGCUGCUCGCAGCUUUCCCAGCGUUGCUUUCGAUAGUAUCGCAUCAUUCUUGUCUAUUGUUUCGUCAUCUCUU